AUCACUACUGCCCAUUUGCCCAAGAAGAGGAACAAGGGGCUUUUGUUGGGCAGCAGAUUAAACACAAAUCCGUGUGCAUGAAAACGUCAUUGUUCUGUACGAUCUUUUAAAUCAUGAAACGCGGACUGUUCACUAUCAUUGGGGUCACAGCUGGGGCAGUUGGUGCGGUUGCAUUGGCCCCUGUGGCGCUCACCAUGGCUGGAUUCACCUCUGCUGGUAUAGCAGCAGGGUCUUUGGGUGCCAGCAUGAUGUCAUCAGCAGCCAUCGCCAACGGUGGUGGUGUGGCUGUGGGAAGUUUGGUCGCUCUCCUCCAGUCUGCAGGUGCUGCUGGACUGUCUGCAGGUGCGGCGGCAGCUGUGGCAUCUGUGGGUGGAGCAGCAGGUGCUGUAAUAGGUGGAGCUGCAGAUUUGUUCUCUCAUUCCAGGAGUCCACCUUCACUUGAGGAGGAAGAUGAUGGAAAUGAAGAAGAAGAAGAGAUAGAGAUGCUUUUUUUGGAGUCCAAAGACCUUGUGCCAAAAUAAGGCUUUUGUUAAUUAAUAACUCUAAUAACGAUGUAUUUGUUUUUACUUUUAUUUAAUUUUUUUGUUUGAGCAAUUUGUAUUUGUGUGCAUGUCAGUUUUAUGCUUGUGCAAUUAAAAUGUGCAUGUACAGUAAAAAGAGAUAACUUUUUUUAUUAAUCAAUUAAAAAUAUAUAUAUUUUGCCAAAUUCCAAAGUAUCACCUUUUAGUAUGAGUGCAAGAAAUUGUAAUUUAAACUAUAUGUGUCCUUGAAUGUCAUACUUAAAUCUUUACAGCAGAAUUUGGUUUUGUCAGAUAUUUAAACUCAUUUGCUACCUGCAAUUAUUUCGCCUGCUGCAAUCUGACGAGACCUCGCCAUUUUUUGUUAGUCUUUUGUACAGCUUCUCUCAGCAAUGUUUCUCAUCUGAUAGCAAUUUUGUCCUUGUAAUUUAACUAAAUAGUAAGUAAGCAAAUAAAUAAUGAGUCAUAACAAUAUCUAUUUGCCUUCCUCCAAUGUUUGUCUAAAGUUCUGCCCUGCUUGUGGGUUUUGUUUCCUUUCGUGAAAAGCAUCCUGUUUUUUUAUUUAUUUAUUACUGCAGGUAUAUCAGUAUAUAUAUGUAUUUCAUAUUACCAUUUUGAUCAGGCUUCAAUGUUAAGGUUGAAUAAUUUAAUUUUAAUGGCAUUAAAAAGGUUAUUAGUCAGUUAUUAAAAUGGCUUUUUUGAGAGUUUAGCCGAUAGUUUCAUAUAUAUGUAUACAUUUAUUUUGUGUGUGUGUGUGUGUGUGUGUGUUGAUGUUUAUGAAAUUUGCUUUGUGAA